AUGCACGCUUCGAGCAUCUCUAGACUUCACCUCAGCCAGUGCUGCCUGACCACCAGUCAGCCUUGAGUGACGUAUCAGAGUAGCGCGGCCAUCUAAGCGAAGUAAACAUGUGGGGUGCAUCAAGGCUGACCCUGGUCACUCCUCCCGCUCACGACAUCGACAGUUAUCGUGUCCUUGCUGACAUGGCGACCAAAUCCUCGACUCCACACAUAAAAAAGCCCGUUGAACACUGGAGACAUCGCCUGAUUCUGCCUUGAUCGUAGUCACCGCUGACCCAGGAUCCAAGAACCAUGGCUGACCCCAAUGUCCAAAGCGAUAAGAGUACGGGAGAUGAUAAAAAAGGACGAGAACUCACCAUUGUGCUCCCGGGACCUGAUGGAACCUUUGAGGCUGUUGCACACUUGGAACACAAUGAAGAUGUUGCACAACCACCUCGACUCGUGAAGAUCUCGAAACACUUGCUCGACUCCUCAACCCCCACAUCAGAUGAUCGAGAGCGGGAAACACACAUUAUCAUCUCCACGGCCUCUGGACAUCGCACGGCUUCCCACUUCUUCAAAGAAUGUGUAGAUCCCAUUCUGGCCACACUGUACCCGAGCACGCAUGAGACCUUCACCAUCCACACUACGCAAUCAGCGUCCAGUGUGCUAGAGCUGACAAACACCGUCCUCUUCCCCAAAGCAGACGAAGGAAAACCACUGAGAGUCAUUCUCCUCUCCGGAGACGGCGGUAUAAUCGAUGUGGUCAACGGACUUUCUUCACGCCCCACAUCCACUGCAUACAUCCCACCUCAAGUCAUCCUCCUCCCCCUCGGAACAGCCAACGCGCUCUACCAUUCCAUCAAUGUUGGAAAAGAAAACACCUGGGGCCUCAAUGCCCUAGCAUCCACCGCCUCGCACCCCCUCCCCAUCUUCACCGCAACCUUCUCUCCAGGCGCCCGCCUCCUCGUCGACGAAGCCCGCAGCGCCGAGCCCCUCGCCACCAACUCUCUCGGCCACGGCGUUCUCCACGGCGCCGUCGUAUGCAGCUGGGGCAUGCACGCCUCUCUCGUCGCCGACAGCGACACAACCGAGUACCGCAAAUUCGGCCUCGACCGCUUCAAAAUGGCCGCAAAAGACGCCCUGUACCCUGCCGACGGCUCGCUCCCUCACGCCUACAAAGCACGUGUUUCCGUGCUCAAAAAUAAUGCUUGGUUGCCGCUGCAGGAAAAAGAACACCUGUAUACACUCGCAACCCUCGUUUCAAACCUCGAACAGCCGUUCUGCAUCUCCCCUGCGUCAAAGCCACUAGAUGGCAGUAUGCACCUGGUGUACUUUGGGCCGACGAGUGGCGACGAUGCGAUGCGCAUCAUGGGCCUUGCGUAUCAGGGUGGGAAGCACGUCUCCGAUCCGGCUGUGCGGUAUGAAGCGAUCGAUGGCCUGAGGAUAGAGUUUCAAGGCGGCGAGACAGAGGGCAGGUGGCGCCGAAUCUGCAUCGAUGGGAAGAUUGUGCGGGUCGAAGGGGAUGGGUGGGUGGAGGUCAGGAAGGAGGAAAGGCGGGUGGUGGAUGUCGUUGUCGUUGAUGGUACUGCGUAGUUGGGCUGUGUCUAAUCUCUAUCACCUGUUUCUCAAAUCCCCUCAUCUCAAUUCAUCGAACGAAGCGUUGCGUCAUAGUAAACAAGUGAUGAUAAUUCCGCGCCAGCAGUAUUCUCCACUGCAUCACUCCAUGGUAUCUAUCCCUAUGCCAUCUUUGAUUCUCCAAUCUCUAAAAAGGAGAACAAAAAGGCUUCAGCUCAGCAAAUGCAAUGCAAUACAAUGCAGAUUCACGCACGACAAAACCCCAAAACGCCAUCUAGAUGCAUAAGCCCCCCUCCCAUCUCGCUCACUCUAAACGAUACAAAA